AUGUCAACGCAGGAUGUAGAGGUGCUGGCGCCUCCAAGUGAUGGCGUCUCAUGCUUGCGCUUUGGAACACGAUCACAGCUUCUUGUUUCCUCGUGGGAUGCAACGCUGCGUGUGUAUGACGGUUUGCGACAGCGCUCAAGCUUGGAGUUAGGAUCGCCCAUUUUGAGUUGUUGCUACGGCCAAACGGAAGUCGAAGCUUUUGCAGGUGGCUUGGACUGCACCUUAAAGCAAAUCGACCUCAAUACGCGGCAUGUGACACAACUUAGUACUCACGCGGCAGCUGUGAGACGAGUGGGUUAUUCAUCUGAGCUAGGGCUGAUAGUCAGCGGCGGAUGGGAUGGCGCUGUGCGGGUUUUCGACGUGCGCAAUGGGAACAAUGCACAAAUUCAUGAGUCAAAGCUACCGGGGAAAGUGUUUGGUCUUGACGUGCGACGUCACAUGCUGGCGGUUGCUACGUCCGAGCGACAAGUAUCCGUAUUUGAUCUCCGUAACUUAGCGCAGCCACUCGUUAGUAAAGAAAGCCCAUUGAAGUAUCAGCUACGCUGUGUCAAUGUGUUCUCUGACCUCACAGGGUAUGCGCUAGCUUCUAUAGAGGGUCGCGUGGCCUUGGAAUAUUUCGAUGACGAUCCCAGUCAUAAACGUAGUUAUGCCUUCAAGUGCCAUCGUGGCAAAGUGGACGAGCAAACACUCGUGUACCCCGUAAAUUGUAUUGCAUUUCAUCCGACCUAUGGAACGUUUGCGACAGGAGGAUGUGAUGGUAUCGUAAACUUAUGGGACGGCGCUAAUAAGAAAAGGAUUACGCAUCUGAGGCAGUAUCCAACUAGCAUUGCAGCUAUGGACUUCAAUCAUGACGGAUCAGUGCUUGCUAUCGCGGCCUCGUACACAUAUGAACAAGGAGAGAAAGAUCACCCAAACGAUUCCAUCUUCUUACACACGGUGCAGGACUCAGAAGUGCGGCCUAAGAAUAAGGCCGCAGCUUAG